GAACGAGGAGCGCAUUCGGCUCAAUCAUCUCUCAAUCUGCUUGAAGCAUCUAGGGUUGAAGGAUGUUUGGGACUUCCUUGGUCAUUCUUUUCUUUCUGUCUAUAGUCAACGGAGAUCUCAAGAACUGCGAACCGGAUCCGAGAGACGCAAUCAUUUACGCCAACCAGUUGGCUCGUGCCAUCAAGCAUUUCAUGAAAAACUGCAUGGGCAUAAUGGAUUGCUUCAAGGGUCGUCCAAGCAUCAACCUCUUCAUUGAGUUUUUUGGAAAUGGCUGUGACAUAAUGUUGGGCUGCGCAAAGAAACUCGGAACAGAAGAUAUGCGUCAAGUUUCCAAAUGCAGUUUGCCUAUUUUCUGGUCCAACAACAAUGCGACGGGUGUGUUUACACAAGAAGAAAUGGAGUGUAUCAAAAACGCAGCUGAAUGUGCCCAGAACGCAAUUCCGAACGUUGCUGUCGCGAAGCUGGUUUUGUCGUACUUCCGGAGGAUGCUUGGUUAGAAAUUUUAUGGUUUGCCUUGUUUCGGCCGAAACGUUUCCAACAUGACUGUUGUGUACAACUGAAGCCCUGAAUAAAUAGUUUCCAAUGCUGUGGAG